AUGGCGACAGGGACAAUUUUGGGUUCUUUGUUGCUUGUUCUGUUGAUUCUCUUCUUCCUGAAAGAACUUUGGACCCGAAGACAUUUGCCUCCCGGUCCUUUGGCUCUUCCUCUCCUUGGGACCUUUCUGUCAGUUGGGCUUUGGCUCCGUGAAGAUUACUUCCUUAAGCCUGUAAAACGAUAUGGAAAUAUAUACAGCUUGUGGUUUGGGCAACAACUUAUGAUAGUGCUGUCUGGAUUCAAAGCGGUGAAAGAAGGAAUGACCAGCUUCCCAAAAGAAUUCUCGUACCGAGCAGAGGAUGCUUUUUUGAACAAUUUAGGGAAAGGAAGGGGAAUUAUUAUUUCCAAUGGCCACAUCUGGAAACAGCAGAGACACAUCGGCAUCACUUCUCUGCGGAAGUUGGGCCUGGGGAAGAAGAGCAUUGAGCAUCAGAUAGAAGACGCAGCUCAGACAUUGGUGGACAUCUUUAGACAAACAAAAGUGUGCAGAGAAGAUCAACAAAGGCGUUGGAGCCCUGGAGGUGCAGCGGCCGAGUGGCCGAGUGGCGGCCGAGCGGCCCGGAGGAUUGGCGGCCAGGCGGUCUUGGCGGCCAUGGCAGAUUGCGACCUGGCGGCCUGGAGGAUCCGGAUGCGGCCCGGUGGCCUGGAAAACCUGGCCUGGCCGAUGGCCUGGAAGGCCUGGAAGACCUGGAGGCGGCUUGGUGGAGGAAGGGUGUAUGAUUUGUUCCCCAAAUUAAUGAAGUAUCUCCCAGGCCCUCACAAGAAAGCCCUGGCUUCGAUGGAUAUUAUCCUUGCGUUUGCAAAGCAGGAAAUAGAGAAACACAAGGAAUCCAGCUGUCUGCAUGAGCCACAAGAUUUCAUCGAUUACUAUCUUCUUCGGAUGGAGAAGAGCAGGAAUGACCCCGAUUCUACCUACAAUGAAGAGAACCUGGCUCAGUGUAUUUUUGAUUUUUUUUCUGCUGGGACAGACACAACCUUUGCUACUCUGAAGUGGGCCCUGCUCCUCUUGACCAAUCAUCCCGACAUCCAAGAGAAAAUCCAGAAAGAGAUUGAAGAUGUGUUUGGUUCCUCGGGGUCAAUUUCCUAUCAGGAUCGGAAGAAGCUGCCCUACACCAAUGCCGUGAUUCAUGAAAUGCAGCGUGUAAAAUGUAUCUUGCUAUAUGGGCUUCCCAGGCAAAGCACAAAGGACGUGGAGAUAAGGGGUUACCACAUCCCAAAGGGGACCUUUAUCAUCCCAGACCUGCGCUCUGUUCUUCUUGAUCCUGAACAAUGGGAGACACCUGAAGAAUUUAACCCAAAUCACUUUUUAGACAAGGAUGGGAAGUUCAUCGAACGAGAAGAGUUUCUGCCCUUCGGAAUAGGUCUACGUGUAUGUGUGGGAGAGCAGCUGGCAAGAAUUGAGAUCUUCAUCUUUCUGUCCACCCUGUUGAGGGCCUUCAGCUUCCGGUUGCCUGCAGGAGUGAAAGAACUCAAUGAAGCCCCUGUUGCAAAGAUGAUAAUGCAUCCACACCCUUACAAAUUGUGCGCUAUUCCCACACAGGCUUAA